CAAACAACAGUGCCCUUUGGACAGCCAUGAUUCAUAUCUGAAGGACUGUCUUUCAUGAGGGAGAGUUCACAGUCCUAUUAAAGGACACCUGAUGCAGGCUCAAACGAACUCCUCGCAUAUGCAUGUUGCAUCAAUGCCAAUGGCUUAACCACCACUGCACCUCCUCAUCUCCAUAUUCUCCUCCUCCUCGCAGUAUCCAAUCUCCUUCAGCCCUCCACCACAUCACACAAAUAGUCUUUCCCCAGAACACUCACACAAACACGGGCACACAUUCCUCCUUCAUCUCUCUCUUUCUCUCUCUCUCACACACAUACCCUCCUGCCUAGGGAUUUGAAGAUGUGACUGAGGCUGGUUUGUAAUCAGAUGAAAGACGAGUAUAAUCCCGAAGCUCCCUCCAUCUUUUUCAUUGCUGGAGUGGGGAUGCUGAAGGAGCGGACAAGGGCCAGGAUGGGUGACGUGUGAUGGUGAGUGCUGUACGACGGAUUCUGCCUUCAUAAGGACCUGGACUGACGCUGCACUCUUGGGAGUCUGGGAUGACCAGUGUAGAGAGUGGACAGGUAGCGACGUGCCAGAGAAGACAGUAAAUAGAAGCUUCGCCUGUGAUUGAGGAACAAGCAGAUAUCUGAUGGCAGAGGCUGGACACACCAUAUCAUUCCCACCAGUGGGAACAAUCCCCUCAGAUCCCCUUGUAACAGCUGACUGCUGUUCAUCAGAGUUGAAAGCUGAAGAUGUGCUCAGGAAUAGCUCCAGUGAAGCCCCAACAGAGCGCCUAAACCAUUGCCAGAUUGAUCAACACAAUGCAAGUCCCCACCGCAUUGCUGAGACCCAUGUAUCCGACAGUGUGUGUUUACACCCAAUGAGCCAUCAGAAUAAACAUGACUGUAGUGGGUCACUGAUGGUGCAUAAGGACCUGAAUGAUCACAGUUUGUUAUCAAUACAAAGAAGCCACUCUGACAGCUUGCAGAUUUUUAAAGAUGCCGCAGCGUCUCCUCUCUACUGUGAAAUGGGCGCAUUGUUUUGCCAAGGACGAGAGAAGGAUGUUUGUGCGCAGUCAUUUCCUUCUUUAGUGUGUAAACAGGCCAUGCCACUUCAACAAAGCAACACGGUGACCACUUCCAUCAGAGCUGGAAGCAGCGGGUCGAGCAGCCCAACUCAACCAGCCAAACACAGUUUCAUUCAGAUCUGUGAAGUCAUUCCAGAGUCUACCUGCCCCAAAUUUGAAAAGCCCGUUUGUUGUAACUCUCACUUCCACCAUGGAGCUGUCAAGGACACGUUUGCUGCGUAUUGCCACCCACAACCUAUUCCUGCCCCAGCACAACUAAUUCCACACUUGGUAGGAAUGGAUGAGAGCUACAAGGGCCAAGGACAAACAGGCAACCUGCUUGCUCUUCCUCGGCUCAUCUCCUCUGUCAGCGAAACUGGGUUGGAUGGUAAUCGACUCCUCCGCUGCUGCAAUAUGGACUGCUCUUGGUCUGGUCCAUUGCGUCCAGUUGGCGCCCAUCAAUGGGUGGACGAAAAGACGACAAGUGAUGCGAGUACCAUGACCUCACAAGAAGACCUGAGAGAUGUAGGAGUGCAGGUGGGUCAGGACUCCAAAGAGCUUCCCCAGCACGUCUUCCCAGAAGUGUGUCUAGUCCAGCAGAAGACGUCAAAGAGUCGAAAGUCUCCAGUGAGGGAGGUGAAAUGGGAUGCUGAGGGAAUGACCUGGGAGGUGUAUGGAGCCUCGGUUGAUCCAGAAGAACUCGGACUUGCGAUUCAGAAACAUCUGGAGAUACAGAUCAAAGAGACUAAGGGAAUAGCUGCAAAACUUUCAAGGCAAAACACGACAACAUCCCAGCACAGCUCAGGAUCCAUUCAGAAGAGAAAAAAGGGGUUUUUGGGAUCCCUACGCCACCCUGCUUGCUGUUCCGGUACCACGGGUGCAGUAGAUUAAACCACGUUUCUAGAAUAACCCCAAUGCAGCACAUUUUGCUGAUUUUCACUAGCUCAUUAGUAGAGACUCCUAAGAUGGAGUCACGCAGUGCUGUAAUUACAGGCAUUACUAGUUUCCAACUUGUAAAAAGUGUUUAAGUCCUUGUAGAACUUAUAAAUCGGGAGGUGUAACUUGUACUACCUGACCAUUGCAGAUAUACUGAGAUGCCACGUAUGGCUAUCCUAUGAACAGAUCAUUCCAAGCCUGAGGAUGUAAACAGCUCAAUGUUGUACAUCAGACGUCAUUUUGAAAUUACAGCUAGUCGAGAGAUUCGAAUUGUGUAGUCUUGGGGUUACUCAAAAAAUGUGUUUGGGCAUUACUGGGCUAAAGGACCUAAUUGAGACAUGUAGACAUAUUCAAUAGAAAGAUUUAUAUCCCAAAUACUCUCGAGAAUUGAAUUUGACUGCCAAGCAAGAUUCCAUAUAGGACAGAUUCCAAAUGGGGGAUGUUUUAGAACUUACUUAGCCAACAGCAACAGUCAUACAUGUCAGAAAAAUCUAGUCUUCCUUUCAUUUUGAAUUCUGCACUUUAAAAGGACAGCUCACCCAAAAAUGAAACGUUCCUCAUCAUUUACUCACACUUACUCAAGUGGUUCUAAACCAGGGGUCUCAAACUCGCGGCCCG